AUGACGGUCGACGACACGCUCUCCCUCCCCCGCAUCCUGUGCCUGCACGGCGGCGGCGUCAACGGCACCGUCUUCCGGCUGCAGUGCCGCGCCAUCAUCGCGCAGCUCGGCCACCGCUUCCGCUUCGUCUUCAUGGACGCGCCCUACACGUCCCGGCCGCACCGCGACAUCGUCACCGUCUACGGCGACUUCGCCCCCUUCUACCGCUGGCUCGCGUGGAGCCGCGAGGAGCCGGGCCUGCCGCCGUGGGCGCGCGCCGGCGACGUCAUGGACGCGUGCCUGGCCGCCAUGGAGCGCGACGCCGGCGACGGGCCGUGGGCGGCGGUGCUGGGCUUCUCGCAGGGCGCCAAGGUGGCCGCGAGCCUGCUGUGGGCGCAGCAGCGCGCCGACGAGGUCCUGGGCCCCGGCCGCGCGAGGACCGCCUUCCGCUUCGCCGUGCUCAUGGCCGGCAGCGCCCCGGUCCUGCACCUCGACCUGCGCCUGCCGCCGCCCCCGCCGCACGUCGCCCGCCCCGACGCCUUCAGCACCGACUUCACCGACUACCCGGACCCCGACGAGCCCCCGCGCGGCCUCCACGUCCUGCGCCUGCCCACCCUGCACGUCCACGGCCUGCAGGACCCCGGCAUCCAGAGGCACCGCUGCCUGCUCGAGCACUACUGCGCUCCCGCCACUGCCCGCCUCGUCGAGUGGGAUGCCGGCCACCGCCUGCCCGUCAAGACGGCCGAUGUCAAGGCCGUCGUCGCCGAGGUGCUGCGCCUGGCGCGGGAGACGGGCGCCAUUCCACCAGACACUUGA